AGGGUCUUGUGACCAUCGAUAUUUUGCGACUCGUGAGGUUCGUUGGUCCGUUUCUUGGUGUGUACAUUGAGUGUGGUGAAAAGAUUUUCGAUUUUCAGCUUUUCUCCGUGAACAUCUAGCGCCAAAAUGUCGUCCAAAGAUCGUAUUCCGAUCUUCCCGUCUCGCGGAGCUCAAAUGCAGAUGAAGGCCCGCCUUGCUGGAGCCCACAAGGGCCAUGGAUUGCUGAAAAAGAAGGCCGAUGCAUUGCAAAUGCGAUUCCGUAUGAUUCUCAGUAAGAUCAUUGAGACGAAAACGCUCAUGGGAGAAGUGAUGAAAGAAGCGGCUUUCUCGUUGGCGGAGGCGAAGUUUGCUUCGGGUGAUUUUAAUCAGGUUGUUUUGCAAAACGUCACCAAAGCCCAAAUCAAAAUCCGCACCAAGAAGGACAACGUAGCUGGCGUAACGCUGCCAGUCUUUGAAUCGUAUCAAGACGGUUCGGAUACGUAUGAGCUGACCGGAUUGGCGAAGGGUGGACAGCAGCUUCAGAAGCUGAAGAAAAAUUACCAGAGCGCGGUAAAACUGCUGGUUGAGCUUGCAUCGCUCCAGACGUCGUUUGUGACAUUGGAUGAAGUUAUUAAGAUCACCAACCGUCGAGUUAACGCCAUUGAGCAUGUAAUCAUUCCUAGAAUUGAUCGCACUCUUGCAUACAUCAUUUCCGAGCUCGAUGAAUUGGAGCGUGAAGAAUUCUACCGUCUGAAGAAGAUUCAGGACAAGAAACGCAUCGCCAAGAAGAAGGCAGAAGAGAAAAGAGCAGCAUUGCUGCAACAAGGUAUUGACGUACGUAGCCAGGCAAAUAUUCUUGAUGAGGGCGAUGAUGAUAUCCUCUUCUAAAAGAGCACAAAGAUAUGAUGGCCCCAUACGAGUGCUUGCUUCAAAUUGGGUUAGAAGUAUCAAUGUUUCUAAGGAUUCGAGUGCUAUGAAAGUAAUUGAAAAAAAACAUUCGUGAGCGCGUAAGAUACGAUUCCAUCAGGAAUGCUCCCAUUGUUGUAUUUCUGCAUAUUUUAACUUCCCUUUAGAUCCUUAACUUCUGCAUGAGGGCCUGUUUAUGUUUAUUGUUUAUAUUUUAUGGUUUCGCGGUGGAUAUUGUGGUCGUCAACAGAAGGGAAAACACACAUGAUUCAACAAACAACUUACCAACAAAAACUGCAUAUAACAAAAACAGUUGCAGUAAAACGAUCCACAAUAAAACCGCGUUGACCUUCUGUUAUAUACACCGAAAAAGGUACAUAUGAAAAUAAUGAUGCAAAAUAUACUGUGAGAACUAGAACUA